AUGCUUGCCUACACAACCCCAACGGACACAGCUCUGUACCGGCGCAUCCCGGCUAACACGACAGGCCUCGCCAGCAUCCUCUUCUUCAUCGAGCGACUCCAGAGGUGCUACAUACCCACGGGGGAGAAGCCUGUUAGCAUGGGAGUUGCUGCUGGCUGGUACAUGUUGUCAGCUCUCCUACAACAAGGCUCCAACACCUACCCAAUCAGCACUGCAGCACGGGUAAUCUACUGGGUUGGCUACAGUGUGUCCCUCAUUGUGUACACAUCAUACUCUGCCACACUGGUCUCACAUCUUGCUGUGGAGCAGCCUGCACCUCUGCCAUUCAGCAACCUGCGGGACCUGUCUAGGCAGUCAGGCUGGGAUGCUGGAUGCAACAACAAUGACCUCUUCCAAGUGACAGCCUCGGUGGGUCCUUGGCUUCUUGCUGUGUGAACUGAUAUACCAUCCAGUGGUUGAGAGUUGAGGAGAGAGAGAGAGAGAGAGAGAGAGAGAGAGAGAGAGAGAGAGAGA